GAAACAGUUCGAUUUCAAUCAUUCCGUGCGUGAUUCGCGAAGCGGGACGGUUUCUGGGAAAUUGGAACUGUGAAACGAUUUGCCCUUGAUUUGACACUCGCCUUGUACAAGCCGAAGUGAACAGUUGUGUUCUAGUUUCCUUGGACAGAUCUAUUAAAUAAAAACUAAUCAACAUGUCGAAAAUCGGAAUUAACGGAUUCGGCCGUAUUGGUCGCUUGGUAUUGCGUGCUGCUGUCGAAAAGGGAUGCCAAGUUGUCGCCGUUAACGAUCCCUUCAUUGGUGUUGAUUACAUGGUCUACUUGUUCAAAUACGAUUCCACCCACGGUCGCUUCAAAGGUACCGUCUCAUCUGAGGGUGGUUUCCUCAUUGUCAACGGUCAAAAGAUCACCGUUUUCUCAGAACGUGACCCCAAGGAUAUUAAAUGGGCAAGCGCUGGUGCUGAAUACGUCGUAGAAUCAACUGGUGUCUUCACUACCACCGAAAAGGCUUCAGCUCACUUGAAUGGUGGCGCCAAAAAGGUCGUCAUCUCCGCCCCAUCAGCUGAUGCACCAAUGUUUGUCUGCGGUGUCAAUUUGGAUGCCUACGAUCCAAGCAUGAAGGUCGUAUCGAACGCCAGCUGCACCACCAACUGCUUGGCUCCAUUGGCUAAAGUUGUCAAUGAUAACUUCAAAAUUGUUGAAGGUUUGAUGACCACUGUUCACGCAACAACUGCCACACAAAAGACCGUUGACGGUCCAUCUGGAAAAUUGUGGCGUGAUGGCCGUGGUGCUGGACAAAACAUCAUCCCAGCCUCAACUGGUGCCGCUAAGGCUGUAGGCAAGGUUAUCCCAGACUUGAAUGGAAAAUUGACUGGUAUGGCAUUCCGUGUCCCAGUGCCCAACGUAUCUGUCGUUGACUUGACCGCUCGUCUUGGCAAGGCAGCCACCUAUGACGAAAUCAAGCAGAAGAUCAAGGAAGCUGCUGAAGGACCACUCAAGGGAAUUUUAGCAUACACUGAAGACGAAGUUGUAUCAUCUGACUUCAUUAGCGAUCCUCAUUCAUCAAUCUUUGAUGCCAAGGCUGGAAUCCAAUUGUCCGAUACAUUCGUGAAACUCAUCUCCUGGUACGAUAACGAAUUCGGUUACUCCAACCGUGUUGUCGAUCUCAUCAAGUACAUGCAAUCCAAGGAUUAAAUUCUCUGCGAUUGAAGCAACAUGUUUUCAUCUGACGCUGCGGCGUGAAAUUAAAAGGAGAAGAACGCUAUGCUGUCCCCACGGACAUUGAACAUAAACAUAAACUACAAAACAUUAAAUUUAAAAGAUUUGAGAAAAUACAUAGCUUAUAAGAGAUUUA